AUGACCUGCAAGUUGUAUAACCCAUCUUAUGCUACACAUUUCGAGGUCAAGAGCACUGGCGCCCAAUUCAUCACCGCUGCUCCUGCGUUCAAGAACUCUAUGCCGGCAGUUUCCACGAUGGGAGGCGCACCCGCGGACCCACUAGUCAGUCGAUGGAUGAACAUGCAACCCGGCACGGAGGCCUUUGCCAUGAUGGUCAUCGGUCCGAUCAAGUAUUCGAAUAAGGUCAACUUCCCCACGACCAACUCGGUCUACUCUCUGGGGAUGAAUCAGGCGCUGUUUCCCUCGAAGCCAGGACUGACCCGGCCUGAGACAACAACGAGGCAAGCGAGGCGCAACGAGACUUUAUUCCAGAACACCAGGUUAAGUAUGCGGUAUAGUGUUAUCUCUGGGUAUGUUAUCGUCCCCAAUUCUGACUUGGCACAUUUUUGCCUGGUUGACAUCGGAGCGGGCUUAUCAGACAAGACGGCAUGA